AUGGAAACAGAAAGCACACAUGCAACAGACAGCGAGUUUGCGCAAUCACCGUGGGUGGAUAUGGGUGGUUUCAGUCCAUCCGAGCAAUCGCCCACCCUGGACUAUCCAGGUUUCGGAUACGGUGUCUUGCCGCUCGACGCUUCGUAUGGAGUCUCAAUUCCACCACCUUAUGCAUCAUUGCCAAUGACUAUGACCUCCAACACAUGGCCUAGCAUGCUCACAACCCAGGGGCCUUUCUCGGAGGCGGGCAUGCCUGCCAUGCCUCUACCGCCGCCGCCGCCACCACCACCACCACCACCACAACAACAACCACCGCCCCAACAAUCGCCCGCCACUGUUUCCGUUACACCUAUCCAGCCGCCACGCAAGUCUUCGACCAGCGGCUCCACCCCACGGCGUACCCUCACGGAUGAGGACCGACGACGAAUGUGUCUCUAUCAUGAGGAGAACAAGACCGCUAAGCAGACCGACAUUGGAGCACUCUUUGGUGUCGAGAGAAGUACUGUGUCCAAGGUUCUCCGUCAGAAGGAGAAAUACCUUAACCCGGAUGAUGGCACUCGCUCACCCAUUAAGCGGGCCAAAGGCAGAGUGCCAGACAUCGAAAAAGCCCUUUCUAAUUGGGCGAGAAAUUAUCAGCGCCAGGGUUACCCUCUCAACGACGAGAAGAUCCGGGAAAAGGCGCUUUUCUUUGCUAGCACAUGCGGCAGUCCAGAUGGCAAAGAAAAAGUAUUGAGUACCAGCUGGCUCGAGAAAUUCAAACGCAAGUACAACCUCAUGGGAGCCAAGUCCCGCAAGGGCUCCCUCAGUGCCAAGAGUGACUCGGAGAGUCCGACCUGUCUGAGCAUUGACUCGGCACUGGCUUCUGCCAUCCACUCUCCGACUAUCCUGUCCCCCACAUCGACCACGGGAUUCCUCAGCCCAUCCCCACUCUCGCCGAUGCAAAGCAAUGAGAACAUCAGAGCAGAGUUCACCCAUAGCUUGGCUGAGAUGACGGAAGAUUUUCAACAUGCUCAUAGCCACAGUACGACUUCGCUGGAUACAUCCUCGACCUUCUCCGCAGGCGUGACGAGCCCAACCUCUACCCUAGUCACCGACAGUCCUUUCACACCUACGAGCCAGUCCCUUACUUCGCCGGUGGAUGGCAGCUCCAACCGACCCCGCAGCCAGACCUUUCCACUAGGCACGGCGGAUCCCAGCUUGCUCUCACUUGAAGAAACCGAGGAACUGACAAAGGCCGCUCUCCGACAAUCUAUCCUGAUGCAAGAGGCAACUUCGAUGGAGGAACAGCCGGACCAAAAGAUUCUGCCGGGCCUGGACACCUCGGUGGGGACGAUCAAGCGCAAUCGCAGCAACCCGGAAAUCAAGCCCAAGACCACAUACCCAUCGCCAUUCUCCAAGUCCACCAACGCGUCUCCCGUCAACUCACCGGGAACCCCAAGUCAAGAUGAAGCGAGGAAGGCGCUGGAGUUGGUGAUGAGCUAUCUGAAGCAGCAACCGGCCGGCCUCGUGGCAGAAGACUAUCUUACCAUUGGAAAAUUGAUGGAAAAGCUCGAGCUCACCAAGCCAUCACAAGGCACGCUUCCGGGCGGACUCACUCGAAUCGACGAGCACGAAGAUGUGCCUUCUCUGAACAAGAAACGAAGCAUUCACAGCAUGGGUUAA